AUUUCCCCUUCUAUUUCGUCACCUAGAAAAAGUUUCCUUCGCCUCCGAUAACGCCCUCCUUCGUCUCCUCCUACACCACCACCGCCACGGCCACUGCCACACUGGGUCUUUAAAGCAACUAUUGUCUUGUUUUGGGAGUGAAGGGUUUGAAAGAGAGAAUAUCCUAUAAUGAGAGAUGGUGGGUUUAAGUAUAGUUUUGGAGGCGCAAAAGGGUGGUGUUAACAAGAAAGCCCCACAGGUGAUCAGUAAAGCCACUAUGAUGAUCAAUAAACCUUCUUCUUCUUCUUCUUCUUCUUCUUUGCCUUCUUCAAGCUCUUUAUCUUCCUACUUAUCUUUCCCAGUCCCUACUUUUCUUGAGCAUUGCUUUCUUUGUGGGCAGAAACUCUUGGCUGGCAAGGAUAUCUACAUGUACAAAGGAGACAGAGCUUUUUGUAGCGUGGAGUGCAGGUGUAGGCAGAUAUUUAUGGACGAGGAGGAAAACCUGAGGAAAGAGAACUGUUCAGUGGCAGCCAGUAAACCAACUUCUGCAUCUUCCUCUUCAUCAUCAUCUUCAUCUCCUGCUUCUCGUCACCGCAAAAGCACAAGAAACCGAGCGGGUGGUUUUGCAUAUUGAGAGAGAGAGAGAGAGAGAGAGAGAGGGAACUGAAGCUCUUCUUUUUUUUUUUUUUUUUUUUUUUUAAUUUCAAUAAUUUUGUUUCAGUUUUACCCUAGUGUCCUUUUUGUAAUGACGUUGAUAUCCUCUCUAUCGUUUUUUGCUGGCGGGUAUGGAGCCGAAAGGGCAUUCAAAUUUCAGCACCAA